AUGGUUAAUUGUGCUACAGGGUUACAUUCAAGGACUUUGACCAUCACCAACAAGUGCACCUACACAGUGUGGCCAGCAGUUUUAUCUGCCGCCGGAAGCUCACCGCUCCCCACAACCGGCUUCGCCCUCCUACCGGGUAACUCGAACACUCUCCCCGUGCCUCCAGCUUGGUCCGGCCGAUUGUGGGGUCGGACCCUUUGCUCCAUCGACAUCACCGGCAAGUUCUCAUGUGUCACAGGUGACUGUGGGAAGUCAACGGUUGAAUGCGCAGGCGCGAACCCCACCCCACCAAUUACUCUGGUGGAGCUUGAUUUUAACGGCACGUCCCAGAUGAACUUAUACGACGUCAGCCUUGUGGAGGGUUUCAACCUUGCGGUGAGAGUGGCUCCCACAGAUGGAAAGUGUUUGGCCACGGGUUGCUUGGCGGACUUGAACGCGGCUUGUCCGACGGAGCUUAAGGUUAUUAGGGAUGAAGAGGCAGUGGCUUGCAAAAACACGUGCCAAACUGAACCAUGCCUCAGUUCACAAUUUUUUAAGACCGCAUGUUCUGACGCUCACGAUCAUGCCUUCUUCACUUGUUCAUCUUCUCAUUAUACAGUCACUUUCUGUCCCACUUCCAAAAGUUGGAGGAAGGCAGAGAAGAAAAAAGAGGCUUCAGGGAGAAACGUAGUAAAAUACACAGGCGUGUUAGCUGUUAUUAGCGUUAUUUGUGGCUUUAUAAUAUUCAGAAUAAGAUUACGUUUAUCAAACAGAGACUGGGAAAUAAGCUUGAGCGCAGGAACUAGAGCUGACUGUACAAUAGCGCCCAACACAUAA